AUGUGGGGUGUUGAGCGUGAUAAAAGUGAAGAAUGUGACAACAAUGAUCACUGGAAGGCACUUAAAGACGAGUUGAUGGAAGGAGACGAUGACCAAGAGGUUCUGCCUAGAAAUGGUGACCUCCGUCUUCCUCAAAUGCCGUCAAAAAAAGUAAAGACAAUUAAAAGAGUUGAAAAGACACAUCUACAAAAGUCAAUUAAGCCGAAGCAAAAGACUCUUGUUCAAACAUUCAGCGAACAUGAUAUGGAGAGACUCUUAGUUAAAUACCGAGAAAGUAGUCAAGACGAAGAGCAUACAUCUAUAGACAUCAUUAACUAUCUCAAGGACGAUGACGCUGAUGAAGAAGCUGACACCAUAGGAGCUGACAUGAAUGCAAAUGACUUUUUCUCUAGACUUAUAGAUUCUACAAAAGUAUAUGAGCCCAAUGCUCCUGGUGUUCAUGUGAAAAAAUCAGACUACAAUACCUUUGAAACACCGCUUGUCAAACUAGAGGAUGAAAAGUUCGAAUACGAGCCACCCAACACUCCCUCCAAGAAGGAAGCUUUUCAUGUGCCUAAUAUGUCAUCUGUAAACUACCUCAACGUUGAGACACCCACUGAAAAAGUUGAAAUUGUUGACAAUUUGUUAGGACCAAGCGCUUUAGGCGACUCUUUAGUUCCUGAAGAGUGUAUUGAUAAGGAAAGUAAUAUUUUCUAUUGGUUUGACGCCAAAGAGCAACCUUAUUCGCUAUCUGUGGACCCUGGGUCGUUGUUCCUUUUUGGAAAAAUACUACUAAAACAAAACGGGAAACUACAGUUUUGCUCUUGUUGUGUACGUGUGCAAAACAUGCAUCGCUGUGUCUUCCUGCUUCCUAAGCCGGGCUCUUCUAGAGAGAAUGUAGUGGCAGAAGUCAAUGAAAUUUGCCGAAACCAAGGUAUUGAGCAGCGGCGGAUAAAAUUUGUGGAUCGUUAUUAUGCUUUUGAGAUUCAAGGCGUUCCAUAUGAGAAGACAACUUGGGUCAAGCUCCGCUAUCCUGGACGAUACGCCCCUUUGUCAGUCAAUAAAGAGCUUUUGCAUAUUAGCACCAUUAUGGGAGCCUCAACAUCGUUGCUUGAGCUUUUUAUCAUUAAGCGCAAAUUGAAAGGUCCCUCUUUCUUGCGUAUUUCCGAUUUAAGCCCAGCAUUGAAUCAGGUAUCCCAUUGCAAAGUUGAGUACACCGUUGACUCACCCAAGAAAAUUUGUCUAGAGGAGAUACUAAAGGUGGCCCCACCCUUUACAUUAGCUAGCAUUCAAAUCCAUGCCCAACUAGAUAGUAAGGGAGCAACCAAUGAGGUGUUUGCUGCAACAUUAGCCGUUUACCGUAACAUAAACAUCGAGAACUCAUUGCGGGGUCAGCCCGGUGAUAUCUUUACAGGGGUUCGAGCAUCAUCUCUUGAUAAACUACUACCACUUGAUUUUGAAGCAUUUUGUACCAAUAAAGGUCUUCCUGGAGUUCACCGCUUCAGUAAUGAGCGUCAGCUUUUGACAUGGAUCGCUAACACGAUAAAUUCAGUGGAUGCAGAUAUACUCAUUGGCCAUAAUUUUAUUGGCUUCACGUUGGACACACUUCUGCGGCGCUGUCAGGACUUGAGUGUACCUAAUUGGUCUGCCAUCGGCCGACUUCACUUGAGCCGCUUUCCUCGUCAGCAAGGCUUCAAUUUAAAUCAGGUAAAGGAAAUUUGUGUUGGAAGACUGGUUGCCGAUUCAUACCUUCUAGCUCGUGAGUACUUUAAAACGGUGAAUUAUAAACUAGUAUCUUUAGCUGAUGAGAUGCAAGUGAAAGGCAUUACAAAGGGAAAGUGUAACUUUGAACCAGGGAAUACUAUUUUAACUCCACAAAUACUUUCAUCGUCUCAAGAUCUCUUUGAGAUCUUACUUCAGCUUUGUAAUAGUGCCGUUCUUUCUGCUGCAGUGAUUUUUCAUCUCGAUGCCCUGCGUUUAACCAAGCGCUUGACGAAUAUAGCUGGUAAUCUGUGGAGCCGAACUUUGUACGGUGCCCGCUCAGAGCGUAUUGAAUACCUCUUGCUGCAUGCUUUCCACGACCUCAAGUUUAUCACUCCAGAUAAGAAGUCAUUCGAUUUUAAGCGCCAAAGGGAUGACGAAGAGUCAGAAGAAUAUAAACGAAAAGCUAAGUAUCAGGGUGGUAUGGUACUCGAUCCGAAAUGUGGGUUGUAUUCGGACUACAUUCUUCUCCUUGAUUUCAACUCUCUAUACCCAUCUCUAAUUCAAGAGUUUAAUAUCUGCUUUACGACUGUGGAUAGAGACGGUAAGGAGGAUGUUGAUAUUCCACCGCCUGAUAAUUUAAUUUGUGCCACUUGUGCAGCGGCUGGACAGCCGUCUCCAUGCCUUCACAAGUGCAUUCUUCCUAAGGUUAUCAAAGGACUUGUAGAUAGUCGUCGUGAGGUUAAGCGUCUUAUGAAGUCGGAGAAGAAUGAAAGCAGUUUAGCCCUAUUGGAAAUACGUCAGAAGGCUUUAAAGCUGAUAGCCAACAGUAUGUAUGGCUGUCUUGGGUUUGAGCACUCACGUUUUUUUGCUCAGCAGCUCGCUGAGUUAGUCACGCGUCAAGGUCGACUUGCUUUGCAAAGUACGGUCGAGUUGAUCCCGCAGAUCAAUCCAGCUCUGCGUGUCAUUUAUGGCGAUACCGAUUCAGUUAUGAUUCAAACAGGGAUCAAGGACGACAUUAAAUCUGUGCGGGAUAUAGGCUAUGAGCUGAAGGCUAAAAUCAAUAAACGCUAUCAGAGCCUCGAGAUUGAUAUCGAUGGUGUGUUCCGCGCGAUUUUACUCUUAAAGAAAAAGAAAUACGCUUCCUUGUCCGUUGUUGAUUGGCAAGAUGAGGGCAAAACGUAUAAAAAGGAGGUAAAGGGGCUGGAUAUGGUGCGACGCGAUUGGUGCCCUUUGUCGAAGAAAGUCAGUGAUGCCGUUCUUAAUCGAAUACUGCAUGCCACGGGAUGCGAAGAUAUUCUAGACUACGUUAUUAAGUAUAUGCAAGAUGUUGCUGAGCAUGUACGUUUAGGUGAUCGCUACACUCUUGACGAUUUUGUUAUUUCGAAGAGCUUGACGAAGGAGCCCGAGUCUUAUCGGGGUGGGGGCCUUCCACAUGUGGCCGUGGCAUUGCGUAUGCGACAACGAAAGGAGUUGGUGCGUAUUGGGGACCUCAUUCCGUACAUCAUUUGUGAAGGUGAAAAGCUAACCGGGGAGCCCUACCAUGUGGAUGAGGUGCGACGUGACAAAAGUUUACGCAUCAAUGCGGAGUGGUACUUGACGGCGCAAAUUUACCCCCCAGUGAAGCGUUUGUGUGAGCACAUCCAAGGAUUUACCAGUACUCAGCUGAGUCAAGCCAUGGGGAUUGCUGUGCAUGAAGCUGCACCCCAAUACGAUGAUGACGUCAACAAAGGUGUUGAUGAUUUCUCAUAUUGCACAAUGUUCAAGGACCGUCACCUGGCAGAAUGCUUUCCGAAUGUAGUGCAGCUGCAGGUUAAAUGCAACCAUUGCUUUUGUGAAACCCAAAUUGAUCCGCACACACGUGUGUUGGAGUUUUUGAAGAAAAAUCCAGGUGAUUAUGCAAAGUUUGAUCUGUAUGUUUGCACAAACUGUGAGCAUAGUCUACUCUCCGAUGUUCUUGUCAACUAUUUUAAUCAACUUUGCUUCACACUGUUUCGGCAGUUUUAUCAGUCCGGCGGGAGUGUUGCCGCUGUACGUGCGAUUCGAGUUCAAUUUACUUACUUCAGAGCACUGUUUGAUGUUCCCCACUCCCCUGGGUGCCCGCAGCAGGUGAAGUUAUGCCACCGUACGCAGGCCCGCCGAUGCUUGGGCUCAGAUCGUAAACUGUACACCUUGGAAGAAGCCGAUGACGUGGAUGUGAAAAAGCUCUACAGUCCAGUGGACCUACUUCGUGACGCUUCUGAAACAUUUUACAAGCGAAUUGAUCAUUUUUUUGUGAAUUUGGAACAACUCUUUGCAAAAUAG